UGGGGCUACAGGCGCCCACCACCAUGCCCAGCUAAUUUUUUUGUAUUUUCCGUAGAGACUGGGUUUCACCGUGUUAGCCAGGAUGGUCUUGAUCUCCUGACCUCGUGAUCUACCUGCCUCGGCCUCCCAAAGUGCUGGGAUUACAGACGUGAGCCACCGCACCCAGCCUUUUCAUGGCUGAGUGAUAUUCCAUUGUGUGGAUGGAUCACACUAGCUACUCUGACCCAUGGAUCCCCUGGGCCCAGCCAAGCCACAGUGGCUGUGGCGCCGCUGUCUGGCCGGGCUGCUGUUUCAGCUGCUGGUGGCUGUGUGUUUCUUCUCCUACCUGCGUGUGUCCCGAGACGAUGCCACUGGAUCCCCUAGGCCAGGGCUGAUGGCAGUGGAACCUGUCACCGGGGCUCCCAAUGGGUCCCGCUGCCAGGACAGCAUGGCGACCCCUGCCCACCCCACCCUCCUGAUCCUGCUGUGGACGUGGCCUUUUAACACACCCGUGGCUCUGCCCCGCUGUUCAGAGAUGGUGCCCGGCGCGGCCGACUGCAACAUCACUGCCGACUCCAAUGUGUACCCACAGGCAGACGCGGUCAUCGUGCACCACUGGGAUAUCAUGUACAACCCCAGUGCCAACCUCCCGCCCCCCACCAGGCCGCAGGGGCAGCGCUGGAUCUGGUUCAGCAUGGAGUCCCCCAGCAACUGCCGGCACCUGGAAGCCCUGGACGGAUACUUCAAUCUCACCAUGUCCUACCGCAGCGACUCCGACAUCUUCACGCCCUACGGCUGGCUGGAGCCAUGGUCCGGCCAGCCUGUCCACCCGCCGCUCAACCUCUCGGCCAAGACCGAGCUGGUGGCCUGGGCGGUGUCCAACUGGGGGCCAAACUCCGCCAGGGUGCGCUACUACCAGAGCCUGCAGGCCCAUCUCAAGGUGGACGUGUACGGACGCUCCCACAAGCCCCUGCCCCAGGGGACCAUGAUGGAGACGCUGUCCCGGUACAAGUUCUAUCUGGCCUUCGAGAACUCCUUGCACCCCGACUACAUCACCGAGAAGCUGUGGAGGAACGCCCUGGAGGCCUGGGCCGUGCCCGUGGUGCUGGGCCCCAGCAGAAGCAACUACGAGAGGUUCCUGCCGCCCGACGCCUUCAUCCACGUGGACGACUUCCAGAGCCCCAAGGACCUGGCCCGGUACCUGCAGGAGCUGGACAAGGACCACGCCCGCUACCUGAGCUACUUUCGCUGGCGGGAGACGCUGCGGCCUCGCUCCUUCAGCUGGGCACUGGAUUUCUGCAAGGCCUGCUGGAAACUGCAGCAGGAAUCCAGGUACCAGACGGUGCGCAGCAUAGCGGCUUGGUUCACCUGAGAGGCCGGCAUGAGGCCUGGGCUGCCGGGACCUCACUUUCCCAGGGCCUCACCUACCUAGGGUCUCGCUAGUCGGGAGAUUUACCUAUCUGGGGCCUCGGCUGCCUGGGGUCUCACCUGCCUGGGGCCUCACCUGCUGGAGUCUUUGGUGGCCAGGCAUGUGACUUACCUGAGAUUUCACUUGCCGGGCUUCACUGCCAGGAGCCUCCCCUGCUGGGGACCUUGCCAGCUGGGGCUGGGGAUGGUGCCUACUGGGGAUCUUGCUUGCUGGAGGCUGCACCUACUGAGGAUCUCGGCUGUCGGGGACUUUACCUGCUGGGACCUGCUCCCAGAGACCUUGCCACACUGAAUGUCACCUGCUAGGAACCUCACCCGCUGGGAGGCACAGGGCCCAAGGGAGCUGGAUGUGUUGCCCAAGGUGUGCAGGGCAGGUCAGGGAAGGGCAGGGUCCCCUAAGGAGGAGGGCGAAGGGCAUGUGUGUGACCAUCAGCAGUGGUGUGCACAUGGCUGAGGGACACUCGGUGUGACUGCCAGCGGGUGGGUGUGACCUCGGCGUGACUCUGAUAGUGCCUGUGGAUGUGUUGCGAUGCCUCACCCUGGAGGGCACUGGGCCCUGAGAACUGGUGCCCUUGAGGCCCUGCCCCCGGGCGAUGGUGCAGGCUGGUUUGCUUGUGGUUUUAUUGCUGUUGUUAACCACCCAUGAGGGGUGCAAACAGAUAAUGCUGUUAACAUUUUCAGACGAGAAUGCUUCAAGGAAAGCUCCUGUGUCCCCCCUCACUCUAGAACAGUGGUUCUCACGCAGGGCGAUUCUGUCCCCAAGGGCACUUGGCAAUGUCUGGAGACAUUUUCAGUUGUCACAACCAGGGGAGGAGGAUGAGGUCACCUAGUGGGUAGAGGCCAGGGUUACUCCAAACCCCCCUACAAUGCACGAGUCGGGGCCCCUACAACCAACAAUGAUGGUUCCAAAUGUCCAGGGGCAGAAAACCCUGUUCUAGAACUUUCUAUGACCCUGGAGGUCAAGCCUGUUGGGGGAGGCGUUCAGAUCCCUCGGGGGUCCUCUCCUCCAGCUGGCUCCCUGGGGUGGGCUCUGGCACCCACCCAGAAGUGAAAGUCUUUUUUCUGAAGGUCUCAGGUCAAGAACUCCAAAGUCAGGCAAGCCCUGCAUAUAGCCCUGCUCCACCACUUAGGGGCUGCAGGUGGUUUCUGACUGUAAAUGAGGAUGUCCAGAAUAUUCCGGAACAUUCUGAAACAUUCUGGGCUUGGGGGAAAUUGCUGCUCUCUGGAGAAUGCCAAGGGGAACCUGGUGGUGGAAGGUGGUGGUGAAUUCCAGGUGCUCUCUGAGCCUCAAUCUCCCCAUUUGCACAGUGGACAUGCAGGCUCUGAGGGCUGAGGAGUGGGGCCCACGCUCUCCAGGAGUGAAGGUGGGCAGGGCUGGGAUAAAGGGACCCUCUCUGCCCAGGGUACAGGGUCCAAGGGAGCUGGAUGUGUUGCCCAAGUUGUGCAGGGCAGGUCAGGGAAGGGCAGGGUCCCCUAAGGAGGAGGGCAAAGGGUAUGUGUGUGACCGUCAGCAGUGGUGUGCACAUGGCUGGGGGACACUCGGUGUGACCGCCAGCGGGUGGGUGUCACCAACGCAUCACUGUGGGUGUGACCUCAGCGUGACUCUGAUAGUGCCUGCAGAUGUGUCUCGAUGCCUGCCUGUGGCUCUAUGUGGGUGUUCGUAGGUGGCGGUGAUUGUGAGUGUGAGACGGAAUGUGUGGCCCUGGGAGUGAGGCUUUGAGUGUUGGACAGAGUAGCGGCCCCUCUCUGAGUGUGCCGGGCUCUCCGAGUCUGUGUGUGUCUCUGUGUGACUGUGCAAGGCUGUGUCUGCAUGGACCUGUGUCCUUGGGUGUGGUGAAGUGGGCUGUGUGUGGACACAUGUGGGACUCUUAAGCUGUGUCUGCAAGUGGCCGUGACCGUGUGUGUGGCCUUGUGGAUGGGCAGGGAGAGGUGGGCUUCUUAAAAGUAUUACAGGAGGGGAAACUGAGGCCCACAGAGGGCCAGGGACCCAGGCCAAACAUUCCUCCCUGCAGGGGGGUACGCAGAGACCCAGGCCAAACAUUCCUCCCUGCAGGGGGGUACACAGAGACCCUGCGGGGUGGUGGGAGGAUCAGCAUGACCUCAGCCUCCUGAAGAAGGUGCCGGCAGUGGCUCCACUCUGUAGAGGAGGUGGCUGACGCCCAGAGAAGUUGAGGAACUCACCCAAGGCCACACAGCUGCCAGAGGUGAAAGUCGGUUUUCUGAAGAUCUCAGGUCAAGAACUCCAAAGUCUGGCAAGCCCUGCAUAGAGCCCUGCUCCACCACUUAGGGGCUGCAGGUGGCUUCUGACUGUAAAUGAGGACGUCUGGAACAUUCCAGAACAUUCUGGAACAUUCUGGGCUUGGGGGAAAUUGCUGCUCUCUGGAGAAUGCCAUGGGGGACCUGGUGGUGGAGGGUGGUGGUGACUCCCCGGUGCUAUCUGAGCCUCACUUUCCCCAUCUGCACAGUGGACAUGCAGAGGUGCCUGUGAUGGCUCCCCCAGGCCCAGGUGGGAGGGUGGAGGGGCAUAGGGUGGGGAAGGUGUGAGGGGACUGGAGAGUCUCUGUCAAACCCCCUUGUGACUCCGGGCCUGAGCCAGCCUCGAUGGGCCCAUCACUCACCUGCCACCUAUACCACACACCUGGGCCCCUCUCUCCACUGCCUGGCUGCAAGUCAGGGGUCCCAGGAGGGGAUCGGGGGCUCACGGGAGGCCAGGCCAGGUCUUCCUAACAGGGUGGUGUGGGGCCAGUCCGCUGGGGGUAAGGAGUUGGAGUGGGGACAGGCUGCUCUGUCCCCUGACGCCCCUGGAGCCCCUGUUGUCUCCGCCUCUACCUGAGCUGAUGUCAGAGUGAACAGCUCCCUUUCCCAACUUCUCUUUCUCUCCCUCUGGAAUUUCCUCUGAGACUUAGAGGGACAUGGAAACCCUCCUUGGGUCCCACAAGGGCAGAGGCCCAGCCACCUGGCCAACGUUGGGGGACCCUGGCCUGCCCCCUCUGGAACCCCAGGACCGCUCCCAACCCCCAUUGCCUCCCUGUAUGCUCCGGAUCUCACAUGUGGUUCAUGGCGCACCCAGCCCAGCCCGUGGGGCCUUCUCCCUCCUCCUGAGCGGCAGCUGCCCUUGGCUCCCAGCCCUGGGCCCCAGGGGGAGAAAAAUUUCCAGCAGGCUGGCAGCUGCUCCAUCACCCACCCAGUCCAGGCUGAUGGAGGAGCUGGGGGGUCCGAUGAGGGCAGAGACCCCAACGAGGAGGUCCUCGUGAUCCCCCAGUCUGGGCUCUGGGCUCAGCUGUUUGACAGGGAGACCUCACCUGGCACUAGCCUGAUGAGCCCUGCUCAGAGAGGGCCAGGGAAUCUCUCAGGUCACACAGCAACUUCAAGAUAAGCACACACUGUCUCUGGCAAUUGGCCGCAGCUCCUCUUCCAGAUCUCAGUGGCUGGAGGCUAGUCCAGUUGUGGAUCUGAUGGCCAAGGGGCCUGGGUUGCAAUCCCAAUCCCCACCCCCAGCCCUCCGAACUCCUGGCUACGUGAACAAGGUGGACUGGGGUUGGAUGUUACAGGAGGAGGGAACCAGUUCAAAGGACACAAGAAGUGAUUCAGGGUGAGGGCCAAUCAGAUGUGGGCCGUGAGCUGCCAGGGCGGAUCUUGGGGACAGGGCAGGGGCUCCAUGGGCGACAGUGCCAGUGCGGUAAUGACCACAUUUGAGUGGGGUGGGGUGACCUCACCAGGAAUCUGUCUUCUGCCCUGCUCUGUCAAAAGGAGCAUGUGGCCGGGCACGGUGGCUCAUACCUGUAAUCCCAGCACUUUGGAAGGCUGAGGUGGGCGGAUCACUUGAGGUCAGGAGUUCGAGACCAGCCUGACCAACAUGGAGAAACUCCGUGUCUACUAAAAAUACAAAAAUUAGCCGGACGUGGUGGCAUGUGCCUGUAGUCCCAGCUCCUUGGGAGGCUGAGGCAGGAGGAUCACUUGAACCUGGGAGGCAGAGAUUGCAGUGAGCUGAGAUUGGGCGAUGGCACUCCAGCCUGGGAGACAGUGCGAGACUCCAUCUCAAAAAAAAAAAAAAAAAAGCAUGGGAUUCAUUUCCAGUCCCUGUGGAGGGACAGGACAUGCAGGAAAGGGCAGAUGUGGCCAAAUUGACCAGGAUUCCUUAAUGACCCAAUAAAGUAGGCCGGGCGCAGUGGCUCACACCUGUAAUCCCAGCACUUUGGAAGGCCAAGGCGGGUGGAUCACGAGGUCAGGAGAUGGAGACCAUCCUGGCUAACACGGUGAAACCCCAUCUCUAUUAAAAAAAAAAAUACAAAAAAUCAGCCAGGUGUGGUGGCGGGCGCCUGUAGUCCCAGCUACUUGGGAGGCUGAGGCAGGAGAAUGGCGUGAUCCCGGGAGACGGAGCUUGCAGUGAGCCAAGAUCGUGCCACUGCACUCCAGCCUGGGCGACAGAGCAAAACUGCCUCAAAAAAAAAAAAAAAAGACCCAAGAAAGCAUUUACCAGCCUCUACUUUCUUGCUGUUGGGGCUUAGGCAGAGUCUGGCCUCAGGUGUGAUUGGAGCUCAGCCUGGAGUGUGGACUUGGCCCCCAUUGCCUGAGGCAGGAGGAGCACCAUUGCCUCAGCCAGCCCAGCCUCCCAUUGCCUGGUGAUCACAGCUGUGGAAUGGGCAGAGUCCUGUGGCCCUCCACUAGACACCUACCCUUGGGUUUCUCACUCCAGCUUCCCUCAUCUCUUGUUCUUCUAGGUUUUCUGUCCUCACAAGGCUGCCAGCCCAGCAGGGGAAAGAAGGGACACAGUGUGGCCUGAGCUAGGACAGGGGAGACAGAGGCAGUUGCAGGAGCCAGUGGAAGGAAUUGAUCUGGCUGGAAGAGGGCCCCUAUCUGUGGAGGCUUCCUAGGGGAGCUGUCUGCACCAAGCACUGAAGAAUGGGAACUAGGCAGGAGGCAGGGGGCAGAGAGUGCCGUUGUCCAACUGGAGACAGCCUGCUACAUGUGAAACUCCAAGUGACUCAGCAAUGAACACCCUCUCUCAGGACCUCAGUCUUCACAUCCACAGGACAGCUGUGUGGGGCGGAAGCCUUGCCCAUCCAGGCUUGGCUGGGGCUCCACUCUCAGAGGCAUGUGAACCAGAGCAACUCCAUCUUGAAUAGGAGCUGGGUAAAAUGAGGCUGAGACCCACUGGGCUGAAUUCCCAGGUGGUUAAGUCAUUCUAAGUCACAGGAUGAGACAGGAGGUCAGCACAAGAUACAGGUCAUAAAGCCCUUGCUGAUAAAACAGGUUGCAGUCAAGAAGCCGGUCAAAGCCCACCCAAACCAAGAUGGUGAUGAGAGUGACCUCAGGGCAUCCUCACUGCCACACUCCCACCAGCACCAGGACAGUUUACAGAUGCCAUGGCAACAUCAGGAAGUUACUGUAUGUGGUCUAGAAAGGGGAGGCAUGAGUAAUCUACCCGUUGUUUAGCAUAUCAUCAAGAAAUAACCAGCUGGGCACGGUGGUUCAGGCCAGGUGUGGUGGCUCACGCCUGUAAUUCCAGCACUUUGGGAAGCCAAGGUGGGUGGAUUGCCUGAGGUCAGGAGUUCGAGACCAGCCUGGCCAACAUGGUGAAACCCCAUCUCUACUAAAAAUACAAAAAUUAGCUGGGCGAGGUGGCGCACGCCUGUAGUCCCAGCUACUCAGGAGGCUGAGGCACGAGAAUCGCUUCAGCCCAGGAGGUGGAGGUUGCAGUGAGCUGAGAUCCUACCACUGCACUCCAGCCAGCCUGGGCGAUAGAGUGAGACUCCGUCUCAAAAAAAGAAAAGAAAAAAAGAAAUAACCACAAACGGGCAACCAGCGGCCCUCAGGGCUACUCUAUGGAGUAGCCAUUCUUUUAUUCCUCUACUUUCCUAAUAAACUUGCUUUCACUUUACUCUAGGGACUAGCCCUGAAUUGUUUCUUGCGUGAGAUCCCAGAACCCUCUCUUGGGGUCUGAUUGGGACCCCUUUCCUCUAACACCAGGACAAAGUGAUACCGAGACUGAUAACCCCACAAGUUGUCUUAAUCAGUCACAGAGAAUGUCCCCAGCGAGGACAUGAGCAGAGAGCAGACUUAGGUCACCCCUUCUGGAAAUGGCCUGCCUGGGAGACUCCAGUCCCUGGCCCAGCCCUGUCCCCUCAGUCUUCCCCACUGUCUUGGGCCUGGCUGGGCACCGAGAUGGUGGAACCCCAGGCAGCGUGAAGCAGCCUCCUGGAAAUGAUUUCUAGAACAGGGAAGACAUCAUACAUGGAGGCUGGACCUUAGAUUCGGUCGCCUCUGCACCCAGUUUGGGACUGACAGAGUUGAAGGCCAUCCUGUCUCAAGGACAGCCUUCCAGAUCAUUUCUCUUCUCCAUUCCAGGAAGCCUAUCUGGCUCCCUGGACUUCUCCUGUGAUUUACAGGAGAGGGUGGGGAAAGGGAGGGCUUUUGUGUUUUGUUUUGUUUUUGUGAGACGGAGUCUUGCUCUGUCUCCCAGGCUAGAGUGCAGUGGCGCAAUCUUGGCUCAGUACAACCCCCGCCUCCCGGGCUCAAGUGAUUCUCUUGUCUUAGCCUCUCAAGUAGCUGGGGUUACAGGUUCCUGCUACUGCACCUGGCUAAUUUUUUUUGUUUGUUUGUUUGUUUGUUUUUUUGGUGGGGAUGGGGUUUCACCAUGUUGGCCAGGCUGGUCUCGAACUCUUGACCUCAUGAUCCACCCGCCUCGGCCUCUCAAAGUGCUGGGAUUACAGGCGUGAGCCACCGUGCCUGGCCAAGGGAGUGCUUUUGAGGCACACAGAGGGCCUUGGUGAGGCCACCGCUCUGGGGCAGAGGACCCUCACCACUUGCCAGGACGCCUGAAAACAGCCUCCUCUUCCUCCCCGCUCUCCUCUGCUCUGUCCCGAUGGCCUGUGCCCAGCAUGUCCUGAUAAAGCAUCUCAAACCACAUAUUAAUAUGGUAACCUGGCUGGGUGAGGUGGCUCACACUUGUAAUACCAGGGAUUUGGGAGAUUGAGGUGGGAGGAUCACUUGAAGCCAGGAGUUCGAGACCAGCCUGGCCAACAUGGUGAAACCCCAUCUCUACUAAAAAUACAAAAAUUAGCCAGGCGUGGUUGCAUGUGCCUGUAGUCCCAGCUACUCAAGAGGCUGAGGCAGGAGAAUCGCUUGAACCCAGGAGGCAGAGGAGCCGAUAUUGCACCACUGUACUCUAGCCUGGAAGACAGAGCAAGACUCCAUCUCAAAAAAAAAAAUUAAAAAUUAACGUGGUGGUGCACACCUGUACUGCUAGCAACCAGGGAGGCUAAGGCAGGAGGAUCAUUUGAGCCCAGGAGUUAGAGGCUGCAGUGAGCUAUGAUCACCACACUGAACUGUAGCCUGGAUGAGAGUGAGACCUUGUCUCAAAAAAAAAAAAAAAAAAAGAAAGAAAAGAAAAAUGGCCGAGCGCAGUGGCUCACGCCUGUAAUCCCAGCGCUUUGGGAGGCUGAGGCGGGCAGAUUGCUUGAGCUCAAGAGUUUGAAACCAGCCUGGGCAACAUAGCGAGACCUCGUCUCUACAAAAAAUAAACCAUAUUAGCCAGGCAUAGUGGCACAUGGCUGUAGCCCUAGCUACUCGGGAGCCUGAGGCAGGAGGAUCGCUUGAGCCUGGGAGGUGGAGGCUGCAGCGAGUCGUGGUCAUGCCAUUGCACUUCCAGCCUGGGCGACAGAGUGAGAUUCUGUGUCAAAAAAAAAAAAAAAAAGCAACCCCACUGCUUGAAGCUUUGCACGGCUUCCUAUCACCCUGGUGCUAAACAUGCCACCAUUGACCAUGGCUGGAUGUGGCUCAGCCCCAGAAGCAGCACUGUCUCAUCUUCCGCUUGUGAAGACCCAGCCUAGAGUUUCCUUCAGCUCCUCUAAUGCGCCUGGACCUCUGCUUUGCACAGAUUCUUUUUUUUGAGACAGCGUCUCUGUCACCCAGGCUGGAUUGCAGUGGCAUGAUCUCGGCUCACUGCAAUCUCCUCCUCCUGGAUUCAAGCAAUUCUCUUGCCUCAGCCUACUGAGUAGCUGGGAUUACAGGCGCCCACCACUGCGCCCGGCUAAUUUUUGUAUUUUUAGUAGAGACAGGGUUUCACCAUGUUGGCCAGGCUGGUCUCAAACUCCUGACUACAGGUGAUCCACCCGCCUCAGCCUCCCAAAAUGUCAUGCGUGUCUGUGUGAAGAGACCACCAAACAGGCUUCAUGUGAACAAUAAAGCUUUUUAAUCACCUGGGUGCAGGCAGGCUGAGUCCGAAAAAGGAGUCAGCAAAGGGAGAUAGGGGGUGGGUCAGUUUUACAGGAUUUAGGUAGGUAGUGGAAAGUUACAGUUAAAGAUGGUUAUCUCUUGCGGGCAGGGGCAGGGGUCACAAGGUGCUGGGUAGGGAGAUCAUGAGACUCAUUGUCCAGGAGAAGAAAUGUCACAAAGUUAAUUGAUCAGUAAAGGUGGGACAGGAACAAAUUACAAUGGUGGAAUGACAUCAGUUAAGGCAGGAACUGGCUGUUUUCACUUCUCUUGUGGUUCUUCAGCUGCUUCAGGCCAUCUGGAUGUAUACAUGCAGGUCACGGGGGAUAUAAUGGCUUAGCCUGGGCUCAGAGGCCUGACACCAAGUGCUGGGAUUACAAUAGUGAGCCACCGCGCCUGGAGCACAGAUUCUUUUCUCUACGUGGAAUGCUCUUCUCUUCCCUUUUGACUUACAGAACUCCUACGGGGCUUCAGCUCCCAGCUCAAACCUCCAGGAAGCCCAGACCACGUGACAGCCACCUUCAUAUUCUGCAAAUAUUGUGUCACGCACGUCGGUGCGAAGAAAGUCACCAAACAGGCUGUGUGUGAGCAAUAAAGCUUUUUAAUCACCUGGGUGCAGGUGGGCUGAGUCCAAAAAGAGAGUUAGCAAAGGGUGGUGGGAUUAUCAUUAGUUCUCAUAGGGUUGGGAUAGGCGGUGGAGUUAGGAGGAAUUUUUUGCGGGCAGGGGGUGGAUCUUACGAAGUACAUUCUCAUGGGCGGGGAGGAUAUUACAAAGUACCUUCUUAAGGGCAGGGGGAGGAUAUUACAAAAUACCUUCUCAAGGGCAGGGAGGGUGUAUUGUUACAAAGUCAAUU